AUGGCGGCGAGAAGGUGGCAGCUGCUGCUUGGCCAGACGCGCUCUUCAAACUUCAAUGACACGGCAAUCCGGAUCGCUCGUCAACGAUGCUAUUCAACGACGAAUGUUCAAGCUGAUGGACCUCUGACUGGAGUAAAGGUUUUGGAUCUUUCUCGAGUACUUGCUGCUCCGUAUUGCACCCAAAUUCUUGCCGACUAUGGAGCAGAAGUCAUCAAGAUUGAGGAUCCCGAUCGUGGCGACGAUACCAGAUACUGGACGAUCGCCGGAGAGGACAAGAUGUGGAAGCCCGGAGUUGGACCAAUGUCGAAUUAUUUCUCCGCAGUCAACCGCAACAAGAAGUCGGUGGCAUUGAAUCUGAAACAUCAGCGAGGACGGGAGGUCUUUCUGGAAAUGGUCAAGGACGCAGACGUGGUCGUCGAGAAUCUACGACCAGGAAACAUGGAGAGGCUAAAGCUCGGAUACCAAGACUUGCGGAAGAUCAAUAAACGCAUCAUCCUUGCGAGUACCUCUGGCUAUGGUGCUGGUGGUCCAUUUGAACACCGUGCAGGAUACGACAUGAUCGCCGCAGCCGAAGCUGGUCUUCUCCAUCUGACUGGAGAAAGAGGGAGAGGGCCUGUUCGUCCUGGGCUUGGCUUGACCGACAUGUCGACUGGGCUAUACAUGCACGGCGCCAUCAUGGCAGCAUUGUACGCUCGAGAACGUACAGGCGAAGGACAGAAGAUUGACGGAUCUUUGUACGAGACGCAGGUCGCUCUUUUGACGAACGUUGCUUUAUCGUGGCUCAAUCUUGGGGUGGAAGCUGAACGAUGGGGAACUCAACAUCCCAGUGUCGUGCCUUACGAUGCGUUCAAGACCAAGGACCUGUACUUUGUCUGUGGUGCGACCAACGACAAGCAAUUCGUCAACCUGGUCAAGCUGUUAGGAGUCCCUGAGCUGACAGAGGAUGCGAGGUUCAAGACCAAUGGCGACAGAGUCAACAACCGAGAAGCGCUCUUCAAGAUCUUGAAUGAGCAAUUUGCCACCAAGACUUGCGACGAAUGGGUUGCUGCGUUCGAUGGCAGCGGCAUGCCCUACGCGCCCAUUAAUACCAUGGAGAAAGUCUUUGAUCAUCCGCAAACCGAAGCCCGAGAUAUGGUGCAGGAGAUUGCCCUGGACUCUGCGAAGGACGGCAAGAUCAAGAUUCUGGGACCUGCAAUCAAGUUCAGCCAGACCAAGGCUACCAUUCGCUCGCAACCUCCACUGCACGGCGAGAAUACCAUUGAGGUGUUGAAGAGGUUUGGUGUAGCAGACGCCGAACUGGAGAGUCUUGCGGAAGAAGGUGUCAUCAAGAACAGAGAGUUCACUUCAUCAUGA